CAGUAUGUUGUGUUUAAGACUUGUAUGACAACGGUUACCGGUAUAUCGUUUGAGCCUUCCUAUAAAAGCAGAAUAUUUAAACUAUGCAUGUGAUUUGGACAAAAUAGUCUGUGCUAUAAACUUUUCUGCUAAUUCUUCCAGCAUUUGAUCGUCUGAAUUGUUGCCGUAGCGGCAUUGUGUUUAAUGGUGACAUUUUGAGGAGAUAUAUUGCUAUCUGUGUACAAAGAUACUCGUGUCUACAGUCAUCACGUCAUUAAAAGAUUUGGACAGAAACAUCAGAAAUGACUUCAGUUAUCCCAACAGAGGCUAUAGAUAUCCACAACGAAUUGGUGUUUUAUCUUGGAAAACAGAUUGUGGAUACCAAAUUACAUGAACUUAAGAACCUGUUCAAAAAUAAUCCAUUAUUCCCAGUCGACAUUGCUUCAAUUAAAAGCAUCUAUGACCUAUUCGACAAUCUUAUGGGAUACAAAACAAUAGUUGUGGGAGACUACACACAAUUUGUACAGAAACUUAAACUUACAAAUCCAGACCUGGAGAGAUAUGUGAAAGAGAAAGAAAAGGAAAUUAAAAGCAUUGUUGAACGAGGUCCAUCACCAGCUAAGCAACCAAGGCCAGGAUAUCAAGGCCAGCAACAGUCUACAGAUCUGGCUACUAUGAUUGUUACAACAGCAGACACAAUCCAAGCCAAAAAAAUCCAUCCUGACUUAGAACCCAUGAUAGGUGAGUCUUAUCUACUGGAUUGGACAUGGUUAGAGAAGAAACGUAGCAGAUUUCCUCAAAACUUGGACAAGAAUGACAUGCAUCAUCUAAACAUAUCUCACAGACAAAAAGCAAAAGCCAAAAUUAAAAAAGAAAAUGAAAAAGAGAUAAAAUUCCACCCCACCAAAGGUUUCUGGGAUGCUAAAGAAAAGCUCCUAAAGAACAGGGUUGUUGUCAUCAAAGGAAAUACGGGAGACGGUAAAACAGCAAUCGCCUUCCAACUUCUUCAUUUGCUGAGGGAGGAACAGCAAGCCGGACAACCCCUACAAAUUCACGAGAUUAAGAAAUUAGAUUUAUUGGCUCCAAACUUGAAAUUGAUCACUUUUAUUGAUGAUAUUUUUGGUGAGAUAGAUGCAAGUAAAUCGGAUGUACAAGAGUGGAACAAAAGAAUCUCAGAUGUAGAUACACUUUUUGUUGAUGAACAGGCCGAGACCAAUUUUCUCAUCAUUACUAUUCGAAAUGAAGUAUUCAAUUCUUUGGAAAAACGUUCUCUUGGAAAAAUUUUAACCAAAGAUAACAUUAUUGAUUUAAGUUCAUAUACAUACAAACUUGCAGAAGAAAAGAAACAACUUUUAGAGCUGUAUAAGCCAAAAAACUUUUCAUGGACAGAUCAAGAAAAAACCCAAAUUUCAACUUAUGCACCAAACAUUGGAUUCCCACAAUGUUGCCAGCUUUUCUACAAUUCUAAAGAAUUGCAGAAAGAGCGAGUGAGAUUUUAUGAAAAUCCUUUUCAUUUCUUGAAUGAAGCAUUGUCAAGAUUACAAGAAUGUUCUGCACUUUUGUACCUCUUCCUCAAUGGCGGAAUGAUGAUAGUAAAAGAUCUUGAUCCAAACAGUAAAACAGUCAAUGAAAAAUUGCUGGAAGAAGCUUUUGAAAUCAAUUUGAUUGGUGGUGAAGAUGACAGUACCAAAUUGACAUAUAAGAAAAAAGUAGGAUUUGUAAAAGAAAAUUUGGAAAAGUUGUUAGGAUUUUUAGUAGUGAAGGAGACACAUUGGUCUGGUGAGGAUGUGUACAGAUUUAAUCAUGAUUCUAUUUAUGUUGCUGUGGCAUUUUUGUAUGGAAAAGCCACACCGAUUGGCUACAUACAGAAUUGUCCAAGCAAAUCCCUCAGUUAUCUAACAACCUCAAAAACAAAAACAGCUACAAACAUGAUUGUCAUAUCAUCUGAUCAUUAUACAGAAAUGUGUGAGCGUCUACUCCGAGAGUUUGAAUGUGAGGAGAAACGAUAUGGUACUAGUAGUAUUGGAACUCUAGAUGUAUGGAAUGAUCCUGUAUUUGUUGAAAUAUUUGUCAGAUUGUUGAAUGACAGAAAAGUUGACAAACUUGCUGUUUUGAAUAAAGCAUGUUAUCUUGGUGCAGAAGAAUGUGUUUUAUAUCUUCUGUCAGAAGGUGUAAAACCUCACAAGUACACAAGAUUGUGGUCAUUGAUUGACAGACAUCGGAAUGAUAGUAACAGACAAGUGUGUCUACUUCAGGAAAUUGUUGUAUACUUGAAUGAUGAGACAAAACUUGAUUUGUUGAAUGAAGCAUGUUCUUGUGGUGCAGAAGAAUGUGUUGUAUAUCUUCUGUCAGAAGGUGUUAAACCUGACAAGGACACAGCAUUGUGGUCAUUGUUUUACAGACAUUGGAAUGAUAGUAACAGACAAGAGUGUUUACUUAAGAAAAUUGUUGUAUACUUGAAUGAUGAGACAAAACUUGAUGUGUUGAAAGAAACAUGUAAUUCUGGUGCAGAAGAAUGUGUUUUAUACCUUCUGUCAGAAGGUGUUAAACCUGACGAGGACACAGAAUUGUGGUCAUUAAUUGACAGACAUCGGAAUGAUAGUAACAGACAAGUGUGUUUACUUAAGAAAAUUGUUGUAUACAUGAAUGAUGAGACAAAACUUGAUUUGUUGAAUGAAGCAUGUUCUUGUGGUGCAGAAGAAUGUGUUGUAUAUCUUCUGUCAGAAGGUGUUAAACCUGACAAGGACACAGCAUUGUCAUUGAUUGACAGACAUCGUAAUGAUGGUAACAGACAAGUGUGUUUACUUAAGAAAAUUGUUGUAUACAUGAAUGAUGAGACAAAACUUGAUUUGUUGAAUGAAGCAUGUUCUUGUGGUGCAGAAGAAUGUGUUGUAUAUCUUCUGUCAGAAGGUGUUAAACCUGACAAGGACACAGCAUUGUCAUUGAUUGACAGACAUCGUAAUGAUGGUAACAGACAAGUGUGUUUACUUAAGAAAAUUGUUGUAUACAUGAAUGAUGAGACAAAACUUGAUUUGUUGAAUGAAGCAUGUUCUUGUGGUGCAGAAGAAUGUGUUGUAUAUCUUCUGUCAGAAGGUGUUAAACCUGACAAGGACACAGCAUUGUCAUUGAUUGACAGACAUCGGAAUGAUGGUAACAGACAAGUGUGUUUACUUAAGAAAAUUGUUGUAUACAUGAAUGAUGAGACAAAACUUGAUUUGUUGAAUGAAGCAUGUUCUUGUGGUGCAGAAGAAUGUGUUGUAUAUCUUCUGUCAGAAGGUGUUAAACCUGACAAGGACACAGCAUUGUCAUUGAUUGACAGACAUCGGAAUGAUGGUAACAGACAAGUGUGUUUACUUAAGAAAAUUGUUGUAUACUUGAAUGAUGAGACAAAACUUGAUGUGUUGAAUGAAGCUUGUUCUUCUGGUGCCGAAGAAUGUGUUUUAUAUUUUCUGUUUGAGGGAGUAGAACCUGACAAGGACACAGCGAUUAGUGCGGUGGAGGGAGGGAGUGUGAAAGUGUUACGUAAACUACUGGAGUAUGACGUCACUCCUACAGCGAGGGAUUAUACCAAUAGCAAUGUCCUACAUAAGGCGUGUCAAUAUGGGAGAGAAGAGAUGGUGACGUUGUUAUGUGACACUUACCCACACUUGGUACAUGACACUGAUGAUGAUGGACGAACCCCGCUCCAUGAUGUGGCAGGGACAAGAAACUGUUCUAUGUUUAAAACAGUGGAGAGGUUUGUACUUAACUCCUUAUAUAGAGUUGAGGACCAACAUCAUAAGUGUGAGUCAGAAGAUGGUCGUGUAAUUCAUAGGAACUGUGUGUGUGCUCAGUACAUGGCUCAGUUAGUGGGUGUGUGUGGGAGAACGGUGUUACAUAAGAGUUGUGCGAGUCGAAACAGGGAG